AUGAAGCCUAUGCUGGGUUCUUCUGCUUCAAGUCUCAUGAGUGCAUCGAGCAGUGGAAGCACUGGUAGUGCACAAGCCUCAGCUGGUCAACACACUAUAGCAGCUACACUUACAGCUGUGCAUAAAAUGGAUUCCGAAUUACGUUGCCCAUCUUGCAGGCGAUUUUUCCAAUGUCCUUUAUUGUUACCAUGUGGACAUUCCCUGUGCAAUUUAUGUGCAGCUGGAGCUCUACUCCCCGCUAGCGAACCAAGCAUAGCGGCAUCGAUUGCAGCAGCGCUGCACUUAUCAACAGCCGAGACAUUUAGUCCUGCCAGUGGUCCUCCUCAAUCCUCAUCCUCGUCUUCAUCGACAACAGGAAGUAGUAUAGGUUGUCCCAGUACUUCUAACUCACAAGGAAACACACAAAUUAUGAGUUGUACUUCCAUCAUACCUUCAGAUUCUGAUCAAAUGAGUGUUGUUAGCGAGACGGAUUCUGGUGUAAUUGUUAGCAGUCGACCAGGUAGUUAUGUGGGAAGACUACCCGUUAUAAUAUGUUCAUCAACCUCAGGUUUAGGUCCGAGUCAAACCUACAGUAUCUCUUCAUCUUCAAUAAGUCAAGUUUCAAGUGGCCUAAUAUGUCCCAUAUGUAACCACGUCGUUGGUCUUUUUGAUGAUAAGGGACUAAGUCAUCUCCCGAGAAAUCGUGCUCUUGAACGGAUAAUAUCUAAAUUUGUAGGCCCUGAUCAAUCACCUCAUUCACUAAAAGUGAGUGCAGACUUGGAACCAUUUUGUUAA